AAUUGAAAAAUGUAAAUGUACUAGCUUUAAAUAAUUGAUAUGUUCAUAGUAAGAAAAMGAAAAAGAAGAAGAARAAAAAGAAAGAUGYAACACUAGAUGAUAGUUUGAAAGGUUCUUAUCCUGUUCAAGUACCAGAGGGAGACCUUUAUGAAGGAGAUGGCGAUAGUUCUCCUGAACCUAUUUCAGAGUCUGAACUUGAUGAUGACACUGGGACAUCUAUUGCUAGCUCUUUUGUUCUACAAGAACAAGAGACAACAUCAAGACCAGAUACUCAAAGCAAGCAGUUAGCCCAAGCAUUAACUGUGGAAUCAACUAUUGGCAUCCAGUCUGAUGCAGACAACAAGGAGAGUCCAGAGUACUGGCAUUCUGACCAUCAUAAAUUUGAGUGGUGUGACUAUAUGUUGAAACUAGACUCGCGUUCAUGGCAUGCAUUAGGAAUAGCUGUCCAGGAUAGUUUUAUUUCCAAAGAGAAACACGAAUUUGACUCUAGUAUUCCGUGGAGAGAAAAACCAAUGAAAGUCAACAGUGUCAUUGACGUUCAUAAAAUCGCACUCGACAAGCUUCUCUUACGCCUCCAUCGCAUGUACGAAGCAAUUGGUCAAGCUACCCAGGCUACCAUCGACCCAUUACCAAGAGAUGAAAAAGUGCAAACAGUUAUGGGAAAACAGGAAGAUUUUGUAUCUCCAUUAGGAGGAAAAGUCACCUCUUUCUCACGAUCUACUACGGACGCAAGUGGAGCAUCACGUGACGUGGUCCUUCCUCCCCUACCAGAAAGUCCCCCGAAAAGUGUUACACUUAUGUCAAUGUCACCAGAACCUAAGCAAAGCAGUAAGAAGUCAACAAAAUAUUUCCCUCGUCAGUCGACGGAAUGGUGCGAAGAUAUAAAGAGCGGUCAUGAUAUGCCUCGUUUAGUCUCCUUUAAACCUCCGCCAAUCCAUAAAAAGACAAGCAACGUACAGUCUCGAUAUUUGGGACGCAAAGCUGAUAAAAAGGAUGAGAAACAAUUUAGUUUGUUCAGAAAAGACGAAUGGAAGCCAGCAGCUGUAAAGAGAUUAUUAGGAGCAAUGAGAGCGUUUGAUUCUAUUCCAAGUCCAAGAGACAAGAAUACGAUAACUGUUGAAGAAGGAACUCCAAGAUGGAAAAGACUUAUGGAGCUUUUAGAGGAAUCAGGGCUUAAGUCGCCAAACCAAACCAUUGCCAUGGAAGCAGCUAAGACUGUUGGUCAACUAAACUGUCGUCAUCCAAAGGUCCUGUUAGCCCUUAGUGACACGGUUAACGACUUAUCGAAAGAUCCUCGUGUUUUGUACGAAGCAAGUAAAGCCCUUAUUCUACUUGGUAAUUGGAGUCCAGAAGCGAUGAAAAUUGUCAUAGAACAUAUCAAAAAAGGUAACGAGCUUGUUGUGAAAGAACUUCUAGACAUCAUGACCAAGGCUAAGAACAUCCCAUUUGUUGACCAGUCAACCCUUGAGUUUCGAUCUCUGCAAUACUUGUUAAUCGAGCUGGUUAAAGUAGAUUAUCACCCUCUGUCUUUCCGUGCCGCCAUUGGACUGGGCAAACUUUGUGUUGUAGAACCUGUCUCUAAAGGUUUUCUUGUGAACCGUCUUGCUACUCUCACGGCAGAAGAAAAAUCGGAGGCACUGUUAGUUUUAAUCAAGCAAAUGAACUGUAAAGACAAGUACGUCCUUGAAGUCCUUCUGGACCAUCUGUGUACUGCACAUAACUGGAAGAAUCGUCUUCAGGCAGCGGAACUUCUUAUAUUUAUUGGAUCUAGAGAUCUUUUUAGUGUUUUACCACCAGAGAAAGUAUUUGAUGUGCUGGAGAGACUGCUAUGGGAUCACUCCAAUAAAGAAUUACGUGCGAAAAUAGCUGAAGUCAUAAACGUUCUUGGUAUCAGACAGCCUGCCUGUUCCCUGAUUCUAAGAAGACUCGAAGAUCCUAACGAAGAAGUCAGAGCUCGGUCAGUUAUUUCACUAGCAACCCUUGGUAUGAAAGGAGGGAGAGAAAUGAAGGCCUUAUUGGAUAUUCUUGAACUUGAUUCGAGUGUCUAUGUAAGAAUACAGGUCAUUCGAGCAUUCAGUCAACUCAAAUGGAACGAUCCGAGAAUAAUCCGAAGUUUACGCGAAAGAGACCGAGGUGACAGCACGCUGGCGAGUGAGGCAAGAAAAGCUGUUGCAAAACUUACGGAGGAUGAUCGACUGCAAAACACCCGGCAAAAUAACACCAUUGAAACAUAAACAAAUUAUCAUUAAAUAAAAAGUACUCGAGACAUA